GUCAGCUACUCGCCACAAGUUAAGUACAUCUACCUCCUGACAUACUUGAUUACAGUUUCCAAGGAAUUCAGGCAAGAUAUCCGCCAAUACAAUAAUUCCCUGUCUUUCGCUUCAACUGGGACGAAGCAAGACGUCAGUGUUGCAGGCAAAGGUGGUUCCUGGACUUACAAAAUCAAGGGACGUUUAACACAUCGCAUUGGCUCACUUUUACCCGCACCGGGCAUACCAAGGAAAUUCGCUCAAAUAUUCAUGUAUGGGGACCAGUCUGACGAAGAAGCACACAGUCGUAACAAACGCGCCGGCGGCGGUCUCAACACCAAUGUCAUCAAAACUUUUCAACAAUUCCUCUAUAGGCAUAAUCCGUUUGCUAAGUUGUACAAGUCAGCUGAGGAGGUUCUCGACGCAGGCGGUGUCAAGACCAUAAAGAUCAAAUCCAUGUCUUUAUCAGGCCGCGACCCCAACCGUUAUAACUACCCUACAUGUAAUGAAGUCGCCGCUGUGAUCCAAGGCGACGGCGACAUUGGAUCAGAAGACCGAGAUAUCAUACUCAGGCGACGGGAUGGCCCACUCAGACGUAUAUGUGACCUAAAUACCAACUACUUCUCACUUCGUUACCCGAUUUUUUUUAUGUUUGGGUCGCACGGAUGGGACGAGCAUUACCGGCAUUUAAAUGAACGUCGUACGUAA